AAGUGCAAUGGAACAACAAGGACUCAAGAUUACUGAACAAGACAAUAUCAAUGCCUUAUUCUUUGAAGACCGACGACCAACUCAAGACGAUGAACAACUAUUAGAAGAAAUUGUAUUUGGUAAAGAACCAAGUGAAGCAUACUUUCCUGAGGCAGGUUGGAAGUGGGAAGAAAGAGACGCGGCUCCUUCCGUGUGGCACGACGAUGAAGAACAAGAGAACAUUGUCCAUCUUGCUAGAGAUAAGAGACUGCGCAAGUUGAGAAGUAAUAUUGGAGAAGAUGUUGUAUCCACAAGACAAUAUGAACAAAAGUUGAGACGGCUGUUUGUGGAAAAGAAUCGUUUCGCACUUGAUUGGUGUCCUUCGGUAGAGAAUAGGGAGAACCAUUCCUCCUUCGAUAAUAAUAACCAAGAAGAAGAAAACAUUUGGAACGCGAAAUAUAACCAUUUAAGAGCAAUUGAUGGUACAUUAACCGUAGACAACGAUUCACGCAAUAGUCAGAGAAGAAAGCCUGACCGGAUAUCCUUACAGCGCGUAUCAGACGCCAAUCAAGAGGACCCUUGUUGCUCUACUAUUUUUGCUACUGAGUUUCAUCCAGGUGGGAGACUGCUUCUAGUUGGAGGUUUAGAUAAAAUAUUGCGACUAUUUUCAGUCGAUGGAAUGGUCAAUCCCAAAGUGGAAAGUAUUUAUUAUGCCAAUCUUCCUAUAAGAUGUGCACAUUUUAUACUCGAUGCCAGUCGCAUAUUGUCUGCUGGUAGACGUCGAUUUCUUUAUGAGUUUGAUAUGGUUUCUGGACAAUCCCAUCAAUUACUUCCCUUUCAAGAUCAUUAUGAACGUACUUUUGAGAAGUUUCAAGUAUCUUGGAAUGGAGACCGAUUGGCAUUUUUAGGAGACAAUGGCAAAAUUUUAUUAUUAGAUGCAAAUACCAAAGAAGAGUUGAGUUGUCUUUAUGCCAGUCCAGGAUUACACGAUGUUGCAUUUUCACCCAAUGAUGUGGAUAUAUUAUCAUGUGGAGAUAAUGGAAUGAUUCAUCAUUUUGACUUGAGAACUCAUCGUUGUGUAUCCAAAUGGAUAGAUGAAGGAGCCUCAUCACUUCAUUGUAUUCGUUUUAGUCCUUUGGGUAAUUACUUUGCUGUUGGUAAUGGCGAUGGUUUAGUACAUCUUUAUAGUGCUUUGAAUAGUUCUUUUUCUCUCAUCAAAGAGUUUUCUAACCUAACCACUUCCAUUCAAGAUGUAUGUUUUCAUCCAGAUAAUCAAUUGUUAGCUUUUGCAUCUAAUAUAGGAAAGAACAAAGUUCGUUUGGCAAAUAUUUCCACUCAAACAGUAUAUCGAAACUGGCCUCCACAAUGGCAACAUUUGAAUCAUAUACAAUGUAUGAGUAUGACGGAACCAUAUUUUGCUUUAGGCAAUGAUCAUGGAAGAGUUGUGUUGUACAGUUUACCUUAGCGCGCAUAUAUAUAUAUAUAUAUAUAUAUAUAUACUCUCAUCAUUUUCU